GGAAUUUAAUGUGGCACAGUCAAGCUUUUUUUUUCUGUUGUCCUUUUUUCUUUGUCCGCACGGCCCGGGUUCACCAUGGCUCUCCCUCCCAAAUGGUAUCAGUUUCUGGUGUGUGUCUUUGCGUCGCUGGGAUCGGUGCUGUACGGAUAUGAUCUGGGUGUCAUCGCCGAGGCACUCACCAGCCCCUCGCUUAUCAAUGCCUUUAACGCCGACGCGACCAAACGCGGAGCAGUCACCUCCGUCUUCACCGGUGGCGCUUUCUUUGGUGCCUAUUUUGCCGGUCCACUGGGCGACUAUGCCGGCCGGAAAUGGACCAUCUUCGUUGGCGCCCUGAUCUUUUUGCUGGGCGGAGGCUUGCAGACAGGUGCGCAGAGCUUGAGUUAUCUGUACGCUGGUCGAGCCGUCGCAGGGCUGGGAGUCGGAAUCUUGGUCAUGAUUGUCCCGAUCUACCAGGCGGAAUUGGCCCAUCCGAACAUCCGCGGCCGGAUCACAUCCCUCCAACAGCUGAUGCUCGGGGUGGGCUCCCUGGUUGCGUCGUGGAUCUCCUGGGGCACCUUCAUCAACUUUGCGGACGAUGAUUCCCGCCAAUGGCGCGUCUCCCUGGGGAUCCAGAUGGUGCCGGCCGUCUUUCUGGCCGCGCUCAUCCUGCUGUUCCCCGAAUCGCCCCGCUGGCUGAUCGAUCAUGGCCGACUGGACGAGGGCCUCGCGACGCUGGCUCGCCUCCACGCCCGAGGCGACACCUCCGACGCCUGGGUGCAGGCUGAGUACGAACAGAUCACCGUCUCGAUCGCCCAAGAGCACGAGGCCGAGGCCAAAUCCUACAAGGAGCUCUUCACGGACCCGUCAUGCUUCCGCCGCCUGUUUCUGGCGUGCUCGAUCCAGGCCGCAGCCCAGAUGACGGGGGUGAGCGCCAUCCAGUACUUCAGCACGACCAUCUUCGAGCAAAUUGGCAUCGCCGCCAACGACACCCUCAAAUAUCAAGGCAUCAGCUCCAUCAUCGCCAUCAUUGCUCAGUUCUGCUGCAUGAUGAUGAUCGACAAGACGGGCCGUCGGUGGCCCCAGAUCAUUGGCAAUCUGUUCAAUUGCCUCUUCUUUGUCAUCCCCACCAUCCUCAUCGCCAAAUUUCCUCCCGGCGUCUCCAACAACACCUCCGCCAGCUGGGCCUUCAUCGUGAUGACGUGGUGCUACAACUUCUCCUACAGCGCGACCGUCGGCCCCCUGACGUGGAUCAUCUGCGCCGAGAUCUUCGACACCAAGACCCGGUCCAAGGGGGUCUCCAUCGCCACCAUGACCUCGUUCGCCUUCAACACGAUGAUCGGCCAGGUCACGGACAUCGCCAUCGACAAUAUCGGCGGGUGGCGCUUCUACGUGGUGUUUUGUGUGUGCAACUUCACGAACGCCAUCUUCUUCUGGCUGGUGCUGCCCGAGACCGCCCUGCGGCCCCUCGAGGAGAUGACGGCCCUGUUCGAGCAUGAACCCUGGCUGGUGCCGGGGUCGCAGACCAAGGGGUUCAUCGCGCGCAGGCGGGCAGGGGCGAUCAUGGAGGAGUUGGAGGGGGAUGAGAAACCGGGGCGGCUGACUUUCGUGCAUGCGGAGGGGAAGUGA